AUGGAUGAACCUGAUCUCGAACCGAAAGUCGAUAUUGAAAGAUCCCAUCAACGAUCAAAAUCUUCGUCGUUAUCAAUCAAAAUUGGAUUAUUUCUCGGUGGUGUUUACGUAUUUGCUUCCAUUCUCAUUCCAGUUCUCCUUCUUACGUAUCCAGCCAUCACAAAGCAUCUGGUUUUUCAGAACAAAGUCAAAACACGAACGAAUUUGACUCAUCCUGAACAUUUCAAUCUUGACCGAGUGUACAAUUUCCACUUGAACGUUGAAUCUCAAGUCUCCAUUGGCAUAUGGCAUUUUCGUUCACGAUUAAUCAAAGAUCAAAUUUACGACGAUAACGAAGACUAUUUUCGAAAACAUCUCAUUUCAAACAUUCCUGUUGUUAUUUACUUCCAUGGAAGUGGUGCUAAUCGUGCGUUAAUGCAUCGUCGUGAACUUUGCCAACGAUUACGAAAUGAAUUGAAGUAUGAUGUUAUUGCAUUUGAUUAUCGAGGUUUUGCCGAUUCAACUGGUGAAUCAACAGAGAAUGACUUGGUCAAAGAUGCGAAAUUUAUCUACGAUUGGCUUCAGAAAUUGAAUAACCAUCAACGAAAAAUUUAUCUUUGGGGUCAUGCACUCGGCUCAGCAGUCGCUUCGCAAUUGGCUGCCGAAUUAUCUCAACAUAACAAUAAAAAUCUUGCUGGCAUUGUCUUAGAAGCUCCAUUCCUCAAUGUUCACCAAGCUCUUCUAACUCAUUGGAUAUCUUUAUUUUUUCGUUGGCAACCAUGGUACUACAGCUUAACAGAAAAAGCCUUACAUAAAAAUAAGCUCUACUUCGAAACACGUCAUCAUUUAUUGAAUCUCAAUUGUCCAUGUGUACUUAUUCACGCUGAUGAUGAUUUUAUUAUUCCAUACAUACAUUCGAAACAGUUGUUGCAAAUCGGAAUGAAUGCUCGAAAUGAUAACAAACAGAAAAAGAAAUUCUUUCAUUUCACCAUUGAUAUGAUAUCGUAUCAUCGAUCGAACUAUGGUCAUCGAUUGAUAUAUCAAGCACCAAAAUUAAUCUCAACAUUGAAAGCAAUUCUCUUCGAAUGA